AUGGACAUCAGGGACGAAAACAAUUAUAUUUUGGAAACAGUGCAGUCGGAAGAAACGCCUUCCACUCCUGAAGUUGACAUUCUGGGGCAAACAUCCAACCCUCUGCAUCUCCUCCUUUCCCCACUGGGACACCUGCUCCCCUCAGCCAGCAUCAGAUCCUCAGACUGGAGGAUUUUUAGCAACAUCCUCCCAGAACCAGCUCCUCCUGUGUAUCAGCAACUGGUUCCACUCAUGGUCUCAGCACCAGCUCACCUCUACAGUCAGCCAGGGACAGAUAGGCAGGGACAGCUGAGACACCCAGAGUGUAAUGCGCUCAGGAUUCCAGAGACCAUGACCCAGUACGAGCGUCCUUUUGGAGAACUGCACGGUGUCCCCUUCUGGGAUUUUGUCCCUCCUGCUCCCCCAUCCAACCCUCCACUUCGCCCUCCUUUCCCCACUGGAACACCCGCACCCCCUCAGUCAGCAUUAGAUCCUCGGAUUGGAGGAUUUCUUAGCCACACCCUCCUGGAAACAGCUCCUCCUGUGUCUCAGCAGCUGGUUCCACUCAUGGUCACUAACACCGCCACAGUGCCAGCUCACCUCUACAGUCAGCCAGGGACAGAUAGGGUAAUGUGCCCGGGAUUCACACAGACCAUGACCCAGUAUGUGCGUCCUGCUGGAGAACUGCACGGUGUCCCAUUCUGGGAUUUUGUCCCUCCUGCUCCCCCAUCCAACACCUCCACUACAAAAAAAAGGAAAUAUGAAGCCAAACAGGAUGAGGACCGGCUGUACAUAAAGAAACCACCAAACGCCUUCAUGAUUUACCUGAAGGAGCAGAGGCCAAAGGUGAUGGCGGAACUGAACCUAACUGGCAGUGCAGCCAUAAAUGCAGUUGUGGGAAAGAGGUGGAGGUCUCUCUCAAAAGCCCAACAAGCAAAAUAUUUUGAUCAGGCUGAAACCGAGAGAUGCCGUCACGCCACAGAGCAUCCAGACUGGUCCACCAAAGAAAACUAUGGCAAAAAGAGGACGAGGACACGAAAUCGCACCUCGAGCACAGCAUCUGAACCUAAACAGGAAGCCCAACAGGCCAAGAGGCUUUGUGUGAUGCCAGCUCAGACACAGCCAUCUUCUUCCUACUCAGUUGCGAAGGAGCCUCUCGAGCAGCCACAGAGACAGCCAACUGCUACCAACCUGCGUUAUCAGCAGUCAGCGUGUGUGCAGCUGCAGAACACACAGACAACAGUUGAUGCACCUGUGUGUCAAGUAAAUCCGGUCCUCCCAGCUCCUCGUAUAGAUUUCUCCCCAUCUGCAUCACUGGCCUCCUCUGCUGCACCCGUUCAGCUCCAGAAAGACGCCCCUUUUGUCAGUGACACUGAUGAAGCACUGCUGUCAGUGGUGGAACAGCUUGACCCCCUCCUCACUUCUGAGCAGUCUCAGCAGCCCUCCUCUCCACUCACUGGUCAUCACCUAAAUCAGACCAACCCUGCUUCUCCUGUAUAUACUUCUCUAUCCACAUCAUUUGCCUCUUCUGCCACAUUCUUUCAAGACCAGAAAGAGCCUAUUGGUUUCGCUGACAUUCAGGAAGACAUGUGGACACUUCUUAACCACCUCCCUGCCACUCUACAGCCUGAUACACUCUCCUGUCCUAACAGUCCUACUCUGAUUAGCCCUGCUUCUCUGGAGAAUUCUUCUCCAUCCAAAUUGCUGGCCUCCUCUGUUGCGCCCACUGAAUGCCAGUCAACGCCUCCCUUCUUCAGCCAAACUGUAAAAAAUAUGAUGUGGCUACUUGACGACCUCGAACCUGGGCCCUUUGCACAGCCUCUACAGCCCUCCUCUCCUCAAGCAGACUGGUCCUCACCAUAAUCAGAUCAGUCCUGCACCCCCCAAACCACGGCUACCUUCUUACACUGUAAUGAAUAAAGUCUUAGCUCACUGCUUAAUUAGCCCUAGGUUCCACCGUUUUCUGCAGAGCCUCACAGCUCUCAUACAGAAAACCCCUUCCUCUACUAUUUCAGUCUUUCCUCUGUUUCAGAACUGCUUGCCAGAGAUCCCGCUCCGCUCUACU